GACAGCUCGUGCCUCCCUGGCUCGCGGGUGGGACGCGCGCAGCAGCACUCAGCAGCUCGGUCGUGUGAAACGAAGCCGACGCAACUGACGCCGACAGUCGGUUUUGGUUUGUUUGUUUUUUUUCCACUUUUCAGGGAGUUUGAAACCAGCGAGACUCGGUGUGUGGACUGUCCACGAGCCCGCGGGCUAUGAGAUCGGGGCGGCCGCGGCAAACAAAGUAGAAGAGGAGGCAGACCCGUCCGUUCUAUGGCUGCUGGGGAUGGAGCCCAGCUGCCGGCCACAGUAGCGGCCAGCCGGAGCGUGGAGAAGGCUCUGGAGGAGGCUGCAGCCAGCGGGGCUCUCAACCUGGCCAACAGAAAGCUCAAGGAGUUUCCUCGCAGCGCCAGGAACUACGACCUGUCCGACAUAACGCACGCAGAUCUCUCUAAGAACCGGCUGUGUGAGCUUCCAGAGGAGCUCUGCCAGUUCAUCUCUCUGGAGACGCUGAGCCUGUACCACAAUGGAAUGCGUCUAUUGUCCCCCAGCCUGGCCAACCUCCAGGCCCUUACCUACCUCAACCUCAGUCGGAAUCUCCUGUCCAGUUUGCCUGCGUCCGUGUUUCAGCUUCCCCUCCUGCGAGUGCUUAUCGUCAGCAACAACAAGCUGUCUUCACUGCCCUCAUCCAUCUACUCACUCACACACCUCCGACAGCUGGAUGUCAGCUGUAACGAGCUGCAGAGUUUACCAGCAGAACUGGGUCAACUGGAGAGUCUGAGAGACUUAAACCUGAGGAGGAACCAGCUCACCACUUUGCCUGAAGAAAUAUCCGAACUUCCACUCGUCCGACUCGAUGUGUCCUGCAACCGAAUUUCCCACGUGCCUCUGUGUUACCGUCACCUCAGACAUCUGCAGACCAUCUCACUGGACAGCAAUCCUUUGCAAAUGCCGCCUGCACAGAUCUGCUCCAAAGGCAAAUAUCACAUCUUCAAGUACCUGAACAUGGAGGCGUGUAAAGGCCACGAGGAGCUGGAGAAGCACCUGAGCCUGAGGCCGACGGGAUUUAAAAGCUGCCUGUCUGACCAGGAGCUGUUCCCAAGUCAGUUUGGUGGCCUGGACUCCGGUUUUAAUAGCGUGGACAGUGGCAGCAAAAGAUGGUCUGGGAACGAGUCAGCAGAUGACUUCUCAGAGCGUUCUCUUCAGAUGGCUGAGCUCAACAGGGACCAAAGAAACCUUGAGGAGGAGGAUGAAGAAGAGGAUGGGUCCCUGGAGGCCAACAAUGUGAAUGGAGCAGCUGAGCCGGUCAACUUCAUCAGCAGUGUGACAGAGGAGGCAGAGAAGAUCAGGGAGCAGGAGACAUCUUCAUCAUCCCAAAGCCAAGACACAACAACAUGCAGAUCCAGUCCCCAAAUUGAGGGCAACUCUUAUUCUUCGGUGUCAUCGUCCCCCAUGUCGCCCUCCAGCCCCACUCUGGAGGAGCGGAAGAGGCCCGGCACCCUGUUCAUCUGGCAGGAGAGAGAACGGCUACAUCAGCAGAGGGAGAAGGCCAGUUUGCUGAAGUCAUCCGCUAAAUCUGGAAGUCAUGUGGCCUCAGCACCACAGACAGGAAGCAGCUCAUGUGGCGGCUCACCAGAGAAUGGAAACACCCACUCUGGCCUGCGUCAGAGAUGUGCGAGUGCUGAGCAGAUGAGCACAGUGUCACCCUCGGUCCUCCUGCAGCGCUCCAGCAGCAGAACAGAUGUGCCGUCCUCUCCGAAGGCGUCAUCUCCUCCCGGUCAGGCUCAGAGGCCCAACAGUUUCCUGUUUCGCACCUCGUCACGGAGCAACGUCAAACCCGCAGGGGCCAGCUUCACUCUGGGUGAUUCUGGCAGGAGUGAAUCUCGCACCACUCUGCGUUCGCCGAAAGAGGAGAGAAGAGACAUCACUGAACUUCGCAAGAUUUUGGAGUCUCGACUGAAGAUCACUCUGCCAGAGGACCUGGGUGAGGCUCUGUCCAACGGGACCGUCCUCUGCCAGCUGGUCAACCAGAUCCGACCGCGCUCUGUGUCAAUCAUCCACAUUCCCUCCCCUGCAGUGCCAAAGCUGAGCUCAGCAAAGUCUCGACUUAACGUUGAAAACUUCAUCACUGCCUGUCGCAAGCUGGGAGUCCCUGAGCCUGAGAUAUGUGUGUGUUCUGAUGUGCGUCUGUGCAAGCUGCCUGCUGUGCUGCGCUGUGUGACGGCCUUGCUGGCCGCGGAGCCCGAGGAGGAGCGCCGCUCUCACCCCGCGUCGCCUGCGUCUUCGCCGUCCUCCUCCUCCUCCUCCUCCUCCUCGCUGCUGUCGGCAGACUUCCUGUUCUUUUACUGUUCCGUCAUGGCGCUUCUCUACGUCGUCUACUGCUAUCUGCUCACCUAAAGCAGCUGCACAGGCCCCUUCCAGACCCCGAGCGUGAGCCGCUCUACGAAAGCGCCCAGCUGUGGUUGAAACAAUGUGAACAGUGUGUUGAGGACACACUGGGACUGUAGAGCAGGCGGCCGAGGCUCUCAGCUGCCAGGCUGGACUGUGGAGGCAUAAAGAAACACAGACUGAUGGUAUGAGAGAGGACGGACGGACGGGGAGAUGCCUUAACCUGAUAUAGCUUUGAUUGUGGAAAGCACAGCAUGUUUGGAGAGGUGGGAGGUGUGUCUGAAACGGAGCUGCUUGGUGGCACAGAGUGUGGCUCUGGCUGAGAACGGUAGAACCAUAGCGU